AUGGAGUAUUCCGGUCCUUCUGUCUCGGUUCAGAUCAAAAUCACCAUUGACCCUUCCAACAACGAUGCAUUCUUAAAGGCGCUCAAGCCUGUAUUUGACAGAAUCGUUGAAGAGCCUGCCAAUACCUUUUUUGAGGUUUUCCAAGAUGCGAGGCAGCCUGGCGUGUUCAAGUUGAUUGAAAAUUGGAACGCAAGCACGGAGGAUGUGAUGAAACACCCGCAAACGAAGGACUACCUCAAGCUUUACUUUGCAGCGACACAACCUAUGCAUACCAAACCUCUAGAAGUUGAAGUCUUCAACCGCAUGCCAGGGAACGAGUUAGUUAGCUUUCGGAAAGAUUGUUACCCGGGCAGGGAAUAG